AUGUCGCUUAUUGCAACGAGAGCGCGGCGUGCCAACGCCGGUAAUAGGUAUCUCUCUAUCAUUGGUUAUUUCCCGAAGUUUGCUUUACAUCCUAAAUUGUGUAUAACCGAAAUCUUUAUGCUCAUCGUACUUAGAAUGCGGGAACUCCUACAACAAGAAUUGGAAGCUGAUACGAUGUUUGAGGAAAUUGCUAAUGAUGAAGAUUUUAUAUUCAAAUUUUUCUUAAUAGAGGAAGAAGAUGUUGCCGAUUCGGAUUUUGAUCAGAGCAGCGGCACGGAUAAUGAUAAUGAGGAUGCCGAGGAGCAGUUGCAGAAAGCAGAAAAGAAAGAGAGACAAGAGAAGAAGAGAAAAGCGACAUCGGCUUUUAUGAACGCCGUCAAUCGGAAAAAAAAAUCUACGAAACAAACUCAUGAAAAUGUCACUGCAACUGCCCAAGACUCCAAAGCCACGUCUUCUUCAACGGAAUCACAGAAACAACGAAAGACAUCCAUGACUUCUGCACCCCUACUCGGCGGUGUACGUUCAUCUUCACGUACUCACACUGUACAAAAUAAAAAGAUUCUAGAACAAAAGCUAAAAGAAUACGAAGAGAAACGGGCCCAACUGCCAAAACGUGAGAAAAUCAUAACCAAACCUCCUACUCAAGAAGAACUUCUUGCGCUUGCUAAAGAGACCGAGGAAGAAAACUUAGCAUCUCUGCGGGCGUUUGAAUUGCGGGAGGCUGAGCGCAUGAAAUCUGCGCGACCGGUUAAAGAGAGGAAAAUUAAUGGACCUUUUAUACGUGAAAUAUCAUACAUCGAAGGGGAUGAUCGACACAGAAAGAAGAAAUUAGUUUACGAAGUAUCGACUGACAGUGACGGAAAGAAUGUGUCUAGGGAGUUGAAAGAUGUUCAGUGGUGGGAUGGUCAAGAUGGCUUUGGACAGGCAGAUAUAGACACGAGACAAGCUAGGAAUCUAGUUGUACUCACCAAUUUUACAAGAGAACAAGAAUUGACUAUGUUUGAGGACUGGAGGAGAAAACCACAAAAACCUAAAAAAGUCAUUUGUCCAUUAACGGGAUAUCCAGCAAAAUAUAAAGAUCCCAAGACGGGAAUACCGUAUGCGACAGGAGAAGCCUAUUCGAAAGUACGUCAAUUGAUUAAUAACAAAUAUGUCUAUUCACCGAUUCUACAGGCUUAUGUGCAGUCGGUGGAUCAGAAACCUGCAGCAGGUGUUCCUGCAGAGUUUCGCACAGCUUAA